GGGGGUGGACCACUCGGAGACAUGCUGCUCUCCUUGGAGUCCAUACUGUCCAGUUGUCAAUGUGGUCCUGAAACAUUUGUGAGUGUUGAAUGGCCCUGAGGACUCCGCCGUGUUGCUGAACUCUGACUCCAACAGCGCACUGUGGUUGACCAUCAGGACGGAGGAGGACUAGGAGUGGAGGUGGAGGAUAAUGCAGCACAUCCUUACCCCUGGGACCCUGUGGCGGGUGGUGGCGUGGCGCUCGCUGGCGGCAGGCGCAGCUGUCCUCGAGCAUCCGGCGGCGACAGCGCCGGCAUCCAGGUUCUGCGUGCUCCGUCUGUCGCUGCUGCCGCCCACCGCCCAGAGAUGGGUCUCAGCGUCCGCCUCCAGCAGAGCAGCACAUCAGCCAAAGCACCAAUCCCCACAGGAACAAACAGCACAACCUGCGUCUGACCCGCCUUCACAGGACGACCCCAAAGGGCAGCCGGAGAAGGCGGACGUUGACCCGCUGCAAGACAAGUCCAUCGGUCUGGUCCAGAGGUUUAAGAAGACGUUUAAACAGUACGGGAAGGUGAUGAUCCCAGUUCACUUGGCAACGUCCUCCGUCUGGUUUGGAACCUUCUAUUACGCUGCUAUGAAAGGUGUGAAUGUAGUGCCGUUCCUAGAGAUGAUUGGUUUCCCAGAAUCAAUAGUUGGCCUUAUGAGAGAUUCUUCUAGUGGCUAUGCACUGACCGCCUACGCCAUGUUCAAGAUUGCAACCCCAGCUAGAUACGCAGUGACGCUAGGCGGAACCUCGCUGUCCGUUCAGUACCUCCGCAAACAGGGCUACCUCUCCACACCGCCGCCAGUCACGGACUACCUCCAGGACAAGAUGGAGGCGACGAAGGAGAGAUUCACAGAAAAGAUGGAGGAAACAAAAGGACUCAUCUCUGAGAAAAUGGAAGAGACUAAAGACAAGCUUUCUGAGAAGCUGCAGGAAACCAAAGACAGAGUUUCAGAGGGGAAAUCGUUUUUUCGAAAGAAGAACGACUAGCGGCUCACACGUACACAAGGCUCCCGUUGCUAAGCGGUUCUGUUAGGAUCUCGUUUUGUGGAGUUGACAGAGUGGGGGCGAGUAACACUUCAUUUCUUUGACCGUCUGGAGGUGUGAGACGUUGCACUAUCCCCGUCUUGACACCCAUCAGUUAUCACUUUGGUGUCUAUUUAUGUGUCAAAUCGGUCCCUAAUUGUCUGAACCCUCCCACAAUGCACUGCAAAUGUAGAUCAGCCAGCAGCUUAGCUGCCUGCUGGCAGCGCCGCUUCCUGGCUCUGCCGUCUCAGGCGGGAUUUCCACAGACUGGAUCUGGGCUGAGUCGUCUCCUGGCUGCGAAGCAACUGCCAGUUUUACUUGAACACUCUGGGAGCCAGGUGAAGACGGCCAGAGACACGGAGCUGUGCUAAUCCUUCUGACUGAACAGAAAAUAAAACUUGAAGCUCUUCGUUAACCGUCUCAUAGUUUGUUACAAGAGAAAGAGAUUUCACCUUGUGUCUUUAAAUGUAAUUAACCAGAAAUAAUGUUUUUUUAAUGAGUUUUUCUCUUUAUAGUCACAUAAUAUAUCAUUGGUUGUGGUUUCUGCACUACGAGUGCCGAGUUGAAACGGGACUAAAGCGGAAGAUGGCUUGGUACAGUUUACAUUAGGCAAGCACACCUGUACAGUCCUGGUCAGAGCUCCAGGAGGAAGUUCUGAUCAGAUGGAGGAGAACGAGUCGGACCUGAAUGUUUAGGCUUCUAGAAGUUGUUGUGACAGGAGACUAUAAUAAUUGUUUUAAGUUUUCUGUGAUCACAAAACUUAAAAAUUCCAAUCUGGAGGCAAUGAAUCAGAAAUGAGCUUCAAAAAGCUUCCA